ACGGCAUUGUCGUUUUACACACGACGGCGCGGAGAAGAAAGGAAAUUACGAGAAAGAAGAUUUAGCAGCAGCACUUAUCAAUCAAUUUCAAAUUUUCAAUCCCCAAUUCUCUGAAUCAAUCAAAGAUUCAAAAUCCAAAUUAGGGUUAAUAAUGGCGGAAGAACAAGAGAGACAGAAGAGGGUUGUGGUUGAAUCGCUGGGAUGGCUUACGGAAUCAUCAAUCAUGCCCAAGAAACAACGCUCAAUCGAAGGAGUGGGUCCAUCCUCCAUUUUAGAACUGAAGGCCCAGCUCUACAAGUCCCAGGAAGAAUCCAAAAAAUCCAAAGAAUUGAACGGUCCUGAUGUCGAGUUUCACCGCGCCAAGAAGAAGAUUACCUCACGUGAUUCCUUCUCUUCCAGGAACUCCGGCGUCGAAGCCCGCUCUCUCAAAGACAAGCUUGAGUUGAAAGCGGUGAAGGAUGGGUCAGCGAGCUAUGCAGCACUGGAGAGGAAGGCCGAGUUAUAUGAAAAACUGGUGAAGGGAGAAUUGUCAGAUGAGGAAGAUAAGGAAAAGUAUUGCGUGGACUUUUUUCGUAAGGGAAUGGAGCAGGAAUCAGAGCAGCCUCAAGCUUCUGAUGCUUCUGUCACCGUAGCAACACAAGACGAAGCAAGUGAGAAUGAUGCUUCUAUGCUCUUUGACAUGAAAUUUGUAGCACCUGGACGAACAAUUGGAACAAUGGAUAACAAUGAACAUAAACGAUUUGUGAGGGAAGUUCAUGAAGAAGUAAACGAUGCGAGGGAAAAGGCAUCUGAGCUCAAAGUGCGCAGGCAAGAGCAAGCAGAAGCUCGUCGUGAGAGGCUAAGGCAGGCCUAUCUUCGGAAGUUGCUGGAGAAACAAAAAGUUGCAUCCAAUACAGAACAGAAAUAACUAGAACAUUUUUCUUGGAGUGGGAUUGGCCACAUCAAUAAUGUUAUAUAGUUUCUCACCCUGAUUUCUUAAUUUGAGGGGGCAGAAGUGUAUUCAUAUUUGCCAAACUCUUGAAUCUUUGACUUGUAUACUCCCAUUUUUCACUUGUGUACAGAACAGUAAUUUCUGGAAUGAAUUAGAUUAUUAAGGUUGAAA